UCCAGAAUGAACAGACUGAACAUGACCCACGAGGUAAAAAAGUUAAAGAUAAACGUAAAACAUAACCUUUACGAGGUCGCCUAAAUAUUAAGCCGGAAACAUGUAUUUAAUGUAUUAUUUAAAUGAAACUGGAGAUCGAGUGUAUACUCUAAAGAAAGUUGACCCAAAUGGAAAACCCACGUUAUCAGCACAUCCAGCUCGAUUUUCUCCAGAAGAUAAAUAUUCAAGAGAAAGAAUAACAUUAAAGAGGAGAUUUGAUCUAUUACUCACACAACAACCAUUACCUACUUAUUGACACUUAUUUGUUAUUUGUAAUUAA